GUCUGGACUCAGAUUCGGAGGAGGCGGCCGCCGCCGCGCACCAGCCAGACUUUAAGUUUCAAUGCCGGACCUUGCCAUGGCAAAGGCUUCAUGCAUGAGAUUCUGAGAUUAUCAGGCGAGGUGCUUGCGACUCCCUCCACAUUCCACAUUAAGUUUUCUCGAUUGCACAAGAGCACAGGGUUUUGCACAAUUUAGCAUCCUGAGCGAUCCAGUUCAAGACCCUGCUGAUUGAUAUCAAAGUACAGAUCCACCAUGGCGACCUACAAGGCCUUUGAGAUUCCUGAGCCGAAGAAGGACCUCAAGGCCACAGAGCGGAAGAUCGAGGAGCCGGCUGCCGGGCAGAUCAGGAUCAAGGUGAAGGCCUUGGGUUUGUGUCACUCUGACGUCAUGGUCCAGGGUGGCAUGGCAUCAAGCUACCCCCGCAUCCCAGGACACGAAAUCGCUGGCAUUGUUGACGCCGUCGGAUCCGGUGUGACUCGCUUUAAGACUGGGGACCACGUUGGUGUCGGCUGGCACGGAAAGCACUGCUCCGAGUGCCGGCCCUGCCGGCAAGGAGACUUCAUCUGCUGCGACAACUACCAGAUUACGGCGCUUGCGUUUGACGGGGGGUACGGGGAGUACGUAAACGUCCCCAUCGAAUCGGUGGCAAAGAUUCCUGAGGGAAUGGACUUCAAGGAGGCGGCACCACUGAUGUGCGCGGGUGUGACAGUCUACAACGGUCUGCGCCACACUAAGACCGUUGCCGGUGACGUCGUAGCAAUUCAAGGCACCGGAGGGCUGGGCCAUCUUGGCAUCCAGUUCGCAAACAAGAUGGGCUUCCACACGGUCGCCAUUUCGCGGGGCCAGGAGAAGAAGGAGGAGGCGCUCAAGCUCGGUGCCCACAAGUACAUUGACACCACCUCCGAGGAUCCGGCCAAGGAGCUUCAGGCCCUCGGGGGCGCCAAGGUGGUCCUUUCUACAGUGACCAAUCCGGCGGCCAUGUCGUCCAUGAUUCCGUGCCUCGGCAAGAACGGAACACUGGUCGUCAUCGGAGUAGGGGAAGGCGAAAUUUCCACCAGCGCCGCACCGCUGAUCAUGGGCAAGCUCAACAUCCAGGGGUGGGCGUCCGGGACCCCGUCCGAUAGCGAAGACACCAUGAACUUCGCGCAAUUGUCCGGUGUCAAGUCGCUCAACGAAGUCUUCCCCGUAUCGAAGAUGGACGAGGCUUACAAGCGCAUGUUGAGUGGGAAGGCGCACUUCCGUGUUGUUGUCGACUGGGAUGCGAAGUAAGAGCGAUGAGUUGUCCAGAGACAUUGCACGCUUCGGAUUUUCGGCAACGACGAAGUGUAUAAACUUCCGAAGCAGCUAUAUAUACGUGCUGCUUUUGGACGAGCAGCUAGUGCGAUUGUAAAGUAAUAGGUUACCGGUCUCGCUCUGGUCGACGAUUUUUUCAGCCUUCGUGUAUUUAUUGCUCUUCCUGAUGCAAGUUGACAGGAGAGAGGCGACGGCAGUUGUAGUGACACUAGUUCAUUUGUAUGGAACAUCGCUGAUUGAUUCAAAUGUGAGAUUUGAUGAACGGUCAAUCAAAUAAAAUUUCCAAGUACGGAGGGCUCAAAGCAAGGCUUGUAUCAGUAAAUUAUUCUCACCUCAGGUGGUCCUUUGGGUCAUGUAUGAGGACUCAUCACCAGUGAUUGAAGUGUCGGGGUAAUUACGAAUCUGUCAUAGGACACAAGGUAAGUCUGCAGGCUGAGGACCGUCAAUCCUAACCUA